AUGACUUUAUCAGUCAAGUCAUUUUUUUCCAGCGGACAAGGAUCUCAAGCGAAGAGUAGAAAGUCUAAAGCAAAGCUUAAAAAGGGAAAUUCUCCCGAUGACACGCCUACGACAAUUGAUACUUCCUUGGAAAAAGCUAUAACGUCUACGACAAUUGAUACUUCCUUGGACAAAACUACCUCCCGCAUAUCACUGUCAAAAGUUUCAUCUGAUAAAAAUCUACCUGCUGCUUCAGCUGAUCCUGAUAGUAUCAGUCCUAUUCAUUCGUCUUUGAAAACUAAAGAAGAGGACCAACUCAAAGUUAAUACUAAUGUCUCCAAAUUAGAUACUCAUGUGUCUUUGUCAUCUUCGAGUGAUCAGUUGAAACAUGACACAGUCAAUGACGAAGUGACCGCAACUACCACUAAUCGAGAGGCUGUUUCACCAAUCUUCAAUGGUGAUCUUGUCAAUGGGGAUUCUUCAAAUUUUGGUGAAAAGCUAUCAUCAGCACCUGUAACUUUUGAAGGGAGUAGAGCUAAAAAUUAUAAUCCAGCUGAUUCUGGUCAAGAUGUCUCGUUUAAAGAUAAAGGAAAUGAGAUGGUGAUCAGCGAGGGAUCACAAUCUUUAAGUACAGAUACGUUUACGCAACUUAAUACAUCAAAAGUUACUGAUCUGAAAAUUGAACCUCAGCUAGAUGAACAGAAGUAUAAAGAACAUAAACCUGUAACUUCCCCAAAGACAGUAAAAGAUCAGCUUGCUUCCCCAAAGAAAACACAAGAUGAAUCAGGUUCCCCAAAGAAAGUACAACAUCAGCUUGGUUCCACUGGAAGAGUACAAGAAAAACCUAGCUCCACUAAGAAAGUACAAGAUCAGCUUGAUGAGGCACAGGGGCUACUUCAAAGUACAAAAACCACUGGUCAGUCAAAAGAGGCUAGACUGGCACGGGUUUGUGCUGGGCUUUCAUCACGCCUUCAAGAAUACAAAUCAGAAAACGCACAAUUGGAAGAGCUUCUGGUAGCAGAGAGAGACCUGAGCAAGUCAUAUGAGGCGCGAAUGCAACAAUUGCAAAAAGACUUGUCUUUAUCAAAAGAAGAGGUGAGUAGAGUGGAGUCAAGUAUGUUGGAAGCCUUGGGUGCAAAGAAUGCUGAAAUCGAGGCACUUGUCAGUUCUCUGGACACCGUUAAGAAACAGGCUGCUGUAUCAGAAGGAAAUUUAGCAUCACUGCAGGCAAAUAUGGAGUCGAUUAUGAGGAGCAGAGAACUAACUGAAACAAGGAUGAUGCAAGCUAUAAAGGAGGAGCUUGCAUCUGCAGAACGAAGAGGAGAAGAAGAACGUGCUGCACACAAUGCUACCAAGAUGGCUGCAAUGGAAAGGGAAGUGGAACUAGAACAACGAGCUCUUGAUGCUUCCACAGCCUUAGCCAAGAUCCAGAGAACAGCUGAUGAGAGGACCUCAAAAGCUGCAGAGCUUGAGCAGAAGGUGGCUCUACUUGAGGUUGAAUGUUCUAGCUUAACUCAAGAAUUGCAAGAUGCGGAAGUUCGUGCUCGCCGAGGGCAAAAGAAGUCUCCAGAAGAUGCCAAUCAAGUGAUUCAGAUGCAGGCUUGGCAAGAAGAAGUAGAACGUGCACGCCAAGGCCAAAGAGAGGCUGAGAGAAAGCUCUCUUCUACGGAAGCUGAAGUUCAAAAGUUGAGAGUUGAAAUGGCUGCCAUGAGAAGGGAUGCUGAGCAUUAUUCACGCCAGGAGCAUAUGGAGCUGGAGAAAAGAUACAGGGAACUUACAGAUCUGUUGUAUUACAAGCAAACCCAGUUGGAGGCGAUGACCAGUGAAAAAGCUGCAGCAGAAUUCCAGUUAGAGAAAGAGAUAAAACGUAUUCAGGAAGCUCAGGUAGAAGUAGAAAGGAGCAGAGUCCCUCGUCGCGCAUCAACAAUUUGGGAAGAAGAUACUGAUAUGAAAACUCUUGAGCCUCUCCCCUUUCAUCAUCGCCACUUGGUUGGGGCAAGUAUACAGCUGCAGAAGGCGGCAAAAAUUAUAGAUUCUGGUGCUGUUAGAGCUAUGAGAUUUCUCUGGCGAUAUCCUUUUGCUCGAAUUUUCCUAAUAUUUUACGUGGUGUUUGUGCACCUCUUUAUGAUGUACCUGCUGCAUCGACUUCAGGAGCAAGAAGACACCAUAUCAUCAAGAGAAAUCGUUGAUUCUAUGGGACUUGGCAAUCAUACCUUACCUUGACAAGUAUUUUUAGCAUGUCGACACUGCCAUUGAAAUUGCAUCGUUUUAGUUUGCCAAUGGUAGUACAAUGUCUCAUCGUGAUAUAGUAAAGAACUGAAUCACCUGUUGUUAUUCCCUUGUCCUACUUAAGACUUAAAAAACAAUAGAAAGGGUCGAGGAACCUGAUAAAACGGUUCCAACAUACCUUAUUUUGUGUUGUUUCACAGCGUUGGAUACCAUAGAGGGAGUUAGGGACUACGCAGUAGAAAGUAUCAUGUAACAUGUAUUAAAUACAAACUCUGCUCUUGUUGCACAUAUGAAAGUUAUACUUUAUAUAUUCAGUGAUCAUUACUGCAA